CGCCUCUCACAGUGCCAUCGGCGGUCCUGGGAUCUGUCUCUUGCUUCAACAGGGUUUGGACGGAACAGACCUAGGGACGCCUCUCCCUCCCAACUCCCUUCCACCUUCUUUUUUAGUCACAAUCUUCGAAACCACCUCAGCCUUCCUCAGCCUCCGAGACCAGCCGGCACCGUUUUUUCGACCUUAAUUCUUCACUGCCGAACAACCAUGAGCUCCCAAAUUCGCCAGAAUUAUUCUACCGAGGUGGAGGCGGCGGUCAACCGCCUGGCCAACCUGUAUCUGCGGGCCUCCUACACCUACCUCUCUCUGGGCUUCUAUUUCGACAGGGACGAUGUGGCUCUGCAAGGCGUGGGCCACUUCUUCCGAGAGUUGGCGGAGGAGAAGCGUGAGGGUUCUGAGCGUCUCCUAAAGCUGCAAAACCAGCGCGGUGGCCGCAUUCUUCUCCAGGACGUGGCGAAACCUUCCCAAGAUGAGUGGGGUAAAACUCAGGACGCCAUGGAAGCAGCCUUGGCCUUGGAGAAGACCCUGAACCAGGCCCUUUUGGAUCUGCAUGCCCUGGCUUCUACCCGCACAGACCCUCAUGUCUGUGACUUUCUGGAGAACCAUUUCCUGGACGAGGAGGUGAAGCUCCUCAAGAAGAUGGGCGACCACCUGACUAACAUCCGCAGGCUGGGCGGCCCCCAGGCUGGGAUGGGAGAGUAUCUCUUCGAAAGGCUCACCCUCAAGCACGACUAGGAAGCCUUUGGAGCCCAGAGGCCUUCGAGGGGCCCCUCUGCAUCCCCCUGGUGUCUGGCUUUGGCCUGAGCCUGAUAACCCUGGAACCCUCUCCCAUUGCAUUGGACCAAAUGGAAACAAUAAAGCUUUCUGCAG